AUGACCAUCCAUGAAGACGAUCUUGACGAGGACCUCGACGCAAUGGAUGACAACGAUGACGAUCAAGUCACGAGUGAGACAUUCAGUCAGGUUCAUGAAUAUACAGAAAAUGAUGAACGCCAGCGACGCAUUCUUGAUGCCGUCAAAAAGUUCGAGAAAAAAGAAGCCAUACCUACAUCGGAACCUCCUGUGCAGGUUGGUUCAGCUUUAGCUAGGGGAACCGACGAUCAUCCCAUGCAGCCGGUGAUUCGAAAAAGACAAAGGAAACGCCAAGUUCAAGAUCGAAGCAACCUGUCCAUUAUGGAAAGAAUUGUGCGAGGAAAAUCUAACGUUAAUCAGCAAAGUCAAGAUACAGACAGCAGCUUUGACUCCGAUGAAGACGAAGAAAAGAGCGAGACUUCCUCUUCCGAAGGUGUCUAUAAUGUGGACAAAAUGAUUGAAAACAGAAAGUUGCACAAAGGUAAAGAGAAAAUGACCGAUAACGAAAACGACACAGACUCUGUUGCCACAGACGAGCUGGAAAGUGAAGAGCCCGACACCGACGAGGACGAAGAGGCUGUGCUCUUAGAAGCUAUGAGACAGCGUGGAUUAUUACCUCCCGGUUCAGAAGCCAUUCCUGAGAACAUGCUCUCAAAUCUUCAGCACCCCGCUGAGAAGAGGCUUGGUGCAUCUAAAUUGAAAGAGGACGAGGAGCAUGGCCGUAGCGAGAACGACGAGUCGGAUCCAAGUCAUGAUGAUGAGAAUGAUGAUUGGGACGAAGAAGAAGAAGAAGAAGAUGGGGAUAGCAGCGAUGAAGAUGAGGAAAAUGAGAAUGACCAUCAGAGAAAUAUUGAUUUUGAAGGGACGCAUGAUCGGACCCCCAAACGUCGUGGAAUUGGUGAAUCAAGUCGUAGUCGCGGAUUUAAAGAAUGGGCGAUGGAGGCUCUUCAGCUUGCACGACCGAACCAAGACAAUGAAGAUGGCCGAACCCUCGAGCCGGUGGGUGGUCAUGUGGUUCGCGUGCGUGAUUUAGGACCACAAGAUGGCAAAAUUCGUGGUCCACUGGGUCAGGAUAUGCCAUCGAUUCGUUCGAGCUUCACGCAGCAGUACUUUGAUGAAGAAGCAUUCUUAAGCACACUAAGGGAUACAAAACCUAUUCGGCAUGUAAUUGUCGAGCGUCCGCAAGAGCUUCAGGAGGCACGCAUGCAAUUACCUGUCGUGUCCGAAGAGGACUCGAUCCUUCGAACUGUACUUGAGAAUCCUGUGACCGUCUUAUGUGGUGAGACAGGUAGCGGUAAAACGACUCAAGUGCCUCAGUUUUUGUAUGAGGCUGGUUUCGGAACACACGGAAGUGCCAAUCCAGGUCUGAUUGGGAUGACGCAGCCACGUCGCGUUGCUGCCGUAAGUAUGGCGCGUCGUGUGGCCGAGGAACUACAGUUACCGAGUCAUCGCGUUUCGUAUCAAAUUCGUUACGAUGCCACUUCUAGCCCGCAUACUCAAAUCAAGUUUAUGACAGAUGGUGUUUUACUUCGUGAACUUGCCCAAGACCUAACUCUCUCUAAAUACAGUGUCGUGAUUGUUGAUGAAGCACACGAACGAAGCGUCAACACAGACGUUUUGAUCGGCAUGCUCAGUCGCGUCGUGAAGUUGCGAGAAAAACGCUGGAUCGAUGGUGGCAAAGGACUAGAAGCUCCUAGACCUUUACGCCUUGUGAUUAUGAGUGCAACGCUGCGUGUGGGUGACUUUACUAGGAACACGGCGCUCUUCUCAACGCCACCACCUGUGAUUCAUAUCGGAGCACGACAGCACCCCGUAACAAUACAUUUCAAUCGUCGGACCCAACAGGACUAUGUAACCGAGGCGAUAAAAAAAACAAGCAAAAUUCACACACGACUUCCACCUGGCGGUAUUCUUGUGUUCAUGACGGGUCAGCAGGAAGUGCAAACAGUCUGUCGCAAAUUGGCGCAACGAUAUAGUGCCAAUGUUCUUACCAAGUCUCACACGGAUGAAGAGGCUUAUUCUCGGAGUCGCUCAGCAAUGUCCUCACGCGUGGUGGAACCAGAAGCCGAAGACAUGAAUCUCGGCACAUCCGAGGAACCUGCGAUCGAUCACGAGUUGGACCAUGAUACUCAAAGUGACGAUGACGCUCUUGAUACGGAUGAGGAUGAGGAUUCCAAUACGUUGAAACUGGCUGAAUCUGUGACGCCUAUGCACAUUCUUCCAUUGUACUCACUCUUGCCGACUGCCGAACAACAGCGUGUGUUUGAUGGAGCGCCUGACAAUACACGACUUGUAGUUGUAGCUACAAACGUGGCGGAGACGUCCAUCACAAUCCCUCAUAUAAAAUAUGUCGUGGAUUGCGGUCGCGCAAAAGAACGGCACAUUCAUCCACACAGUCAAGUGCAAUCGUACGACGUAACAUGGAUCAGCAAGGCCAGCGCGGCUCAGCGAGCCGGUCGUGCAGGCCGUACUGGCCCGGGCCACUGCUACCGCCUGUACUCUUCUGCAUUGUACGAGGAACUAUUUCGCGAGUUUGGUGAGCCUGAAAUUCUACGCACACCAGUAGAUGGCCUCGUUCUUCAGAUGAAGUCGAUGAAUAUCGAUCAUGUGGCAAACUUCCCAUUUCCCACACCUCCUGACCGGCAUGCCCUGAUGAAGGCAGAGCGUACACUUGUGCAUCUUGGAGCUCUUGAACAUGUAGAUGCCAUGUCAGGGAACAAGCGUGUCACGAAUGCAUCCAUUACCAGUCUUGGCAGAAUUAUGUCUCUAUUCCCUGUGGUGCCGCGCUACGCUAAGCUCAUCGCCCAAGGACAUCAACAUGCAUGUUUACCUUAUGCUGUGGCUAUUGUGGCUGCUAUGAGUGUUGGAGAUGUAUUUGAGCGUGAGGACUGUGUCUUGUCUCUUACAGGCAUGGCGCUGAAUGAUGCUGCGGAAGACGAAGCAGAGGCAAAGGAGCAGCGGCGCGCGGCACGUGCAGCCUAUUUCAAAGCCCUUCGCGAAUUCGACGUUCUAGGCGAUGGCCUUAGCGAUGCGUUCCGCCUGCUCAGCGUAGUUGGUGCAUACAGUCAUGAAGCUGCAUUUGGCGCGUCUGUCUCAUUUUGUCGCGCACAUUUUGUGCGCCAGAAGGCCAUGGAAGAGAUACACAAACUACGCGCGCAACUAAGUCACUUGGUGAUAGCAAAUCUCAGUGGCUUGUCCGAUGAUGAUACAAAGCAUUUGCAGGACCCCCAACUUCCUCCGCCGAACAGUGUCCAGAUAAAGGUGUUGCGACAGCUUCUUGCAUCUAUCUACAUUGAUCGUGUCGCUGUCCGUGCCGAUGUGGUUGGUGCACCCGAGGCCGAAUUAACACCAGCAUCUCAGGGCGCAAAAAUGGCCAGCACACGGCGUAUUCCAUACGUGGCACUGGGUGUUCAUGGGCCUGUGUAUAUCCAUAUGAGCUCGGUGUUCUAUCAUCGUCCACCGCCUGAAUGGUUAGUGUUUGGCGAAGUGCACCAAAGCGCACCAAAGGAAGCUAGCAUGAACGAUGGUAAGGAAGACGAUAUGGCUCCUCGCACACAAUGGCUCAAGAUGGUGACAAAAAUCAAUCCGGCCUGGGUCUCUACACUAGGCCGCUCUCUCUGCACGUUCUCACAAAGCUCUGAAGCGCUAGGACCUUCCGCUCUCACCACCGCGAUGAAGGCCGUCAAGCGUGGUCAGCAAGGCACAGCGCUCAAGCGAGACGUUUUAAUUACCCCUCGUUAUGGUGGCUCACUCCAAGAUGGUGGUGCAGCUGGUGGGCAAGGUUGGGAACUUCCUUCUUUGAAAGCGCAGCAAGUGCUACGAAACGGACGGUGGACUACGGAGGGCUGGUAG